AUGGAGUUUUCGUUCUUAUUGAACUCAUGCCUCGAUAUUUUUGACAUCCGCCAAAAGCAAACGUCAGUUGACCAAGAGCUGGGUCUCCUACAUGCUUUCGACGAACGGUUAGCAGCAUAUGGCUGGCUCACGACCACUGGUGUGAAACUUCUCGUCAUAGUCGAUUUCCUCGGCCAGCCAUCACGCACUAGCGAUGAGGAGAGUCGGCUCCCUACAGGGAGCAGCAUAAAAGAGUCAGAUCUCAAACCGGUUUUCCGGGCAUUACAAGCUGCGUAUAUUCAGCUUCUACAGAAUCCAUUCUACUCUCCAGAUGACCAUACGCCCGCAGCCCAAGCAGGCGCCUCGGCCCCUUCCUCUAUGCGUGUUACGGACCAAAAAUUCAUCUCAGAAGUGAAGCGCAUUGGCGAAACGUGGGCCCCGGGGAUGUCUUCGUUUUGA